AUGCUCUCCCCAGGGCCGUCAGUGCCACGGGAUGCUGCCUCCUCCGCCGCGGUGCACCCGCUCGGACCGCCGCGCUCCAGCCGCCGCCGCCGAGAGGCCGGGCAGGGGCGGAGGGGGCGGGCGCCGCAGCGGACCUGCGGCUGCGAGGAGGGGGCGGACCGGGACCUGGGGGCGGCGGGGACGGGCGAGGACGGACAGGGACGCGCCGCGCCCCGAGGGAACUGCCCGAGGCUGCGACCCAGCAUAGGGCCCGGGGGCUGCCCCGCGAGGAAGCCCGGGUUUAUGCGGAAGGGCCGGCAUCCUGAGCCCCACCUGCGGCCCUGGGUGCUUCCCUCCUGGCCGCUGUGCCCCCGCCCGACCGGACCGCUCCCUGCAACCAGACAGCCCUCACACCAGCAACCCCCCCCACCUGCUCCCUCCUCCUGUGCACAAAACUCAUGGCACUGGCUUGACGGCUUUCUCCGAAACCCUCGGAUUCCGCCUGGCCCAUCCACACUGUCCCUUCCCGGCCAGGGCUCAUCUCCUAUGCCUGGACCAAGCAGCAUGGUCUCCAGUCUCCCUGGUCUCCCCACACGUGACCCCACCCAUCCUCUGAAGCAGCCCCAGGAGGCAGCAGUGACUUGACACUUCUAGCGCCCGGCCCUCCCGGGCCUCCUCUCUGGGCUUGCUUGCCAGGGUCCUCCCAACCUGACUGCUGCCUCCCACCUCCUCUCCGCCCCCGGAGCUCUCCAGCCGCAGCCGCGGGGCCUGCUUGGGAUUCUCCUCUGCUGGCGUCAUCCCUGCCUGCCUCAGCCUUCCCAGGCCCAGUCCUGCCCAAUCUCACCUCUUCCCGCCCAUCCACCUGGCCAGGUCCUCACCAGCAUCUGCCUUCAAACCUGGAGUCCUUCUCUGAGUGCUUGCGGUUCACUGUGAGGAAGGAAAUCAAUUUAAAGGAUUAUGACCCACAUUUUUUAAAAAUAAAAAGAUUAAGGAGAACAGCAUAGAGUAGAAGUGGUCAUCGCACACUCUUCUGCA